AGGUGUCUCAGCCACAUGAAAUCACAGAAUACUACACAUGCUACAGAAUUCCUCCUCCUGGGUCUCUCAGAAGAUGCAGAGAUGCAACCUCUCCUCUCUGGGCUGUUCCUAUCCAUGUACUUUGUAACUAUAGUAGGGAAUCUGCUCAUCAUUCUGGCCAUCAGCUCUGACUUUCACCUCCACACUCCCAUGUACUUCUUCCUGUCCAUUCUUUCCUUGGAUGACAUAUUUUUCACCUCCACCACAAUCCCAAAGAUGAUUGUGGACAUCCAAAUGAACAGCAGAGUCAUCUCCUAUGUAGGAUGCCUGACUCAGAUGUCUUUUUCAGUUCUUUUUGCAUGUUUGGACAGUCUGAUUCUAAGUGUGAUGGCCUAUGACCGGUUUGUGGCUGUCUGUCACCCUCUACGCUAUCCUGUUAUCAUGAACCCUUGCCUCUGUAGCAUGCUUUUACUGUUGUCAAUUUUCAGCAGCAUUUUGGACUCUCAGCUGCACAGUUGGAUGGUAUCACAACUUACUUUCUUCACAGUUAUUGAAAUUCCUCAUUUCUUCUGUGACCCUUCUCAACUCAUCAACAUUGCCUGUUUUGAAACCCCUACCAAUAACAUAUUAAUUUAUUUUCUUGGUGCCAUCUUUGGUGGUGUUCCACUCUCAGGGAUUCUUUACUCUUAUGCUCGAAUUGUUUCUUCCAUUCUGACAGUCCCAACAUCAGGUGGGAAAUAUAAAGCCUUUUCAACCUGUAGUUCUCAUCUUUCAGUCAUUUGUUUAUUUUAUGGAACAGGCAUUGGUGUAUACUUCAGUUCAGUUUUAUCACCUUCUCCCUGGGAAAGUGCAUUGGCCUCUGUGACAUACACCAUAGUCACUCCAAUGCUGAACCCCUUCAUCUAUGGCCUGAGAAACAAGGACAUCAAGAGGGCCCUGUUGAAGAUCCUCAGUAGACCAACAUAAUCUCCAUCCUUGUCACCUUUCUUUGGUGUGUGGAAAACACAUCAAAAGCACACAUCUGGGUGUAGGAAUACUUUCUCUCUUGAUACACUGUGAUUGUAGCUCACAUAGCUUUCAUGCUCUUGAUGUUUAAAGUCUCGAUAUUACUCCUUUUGCCAUAUUUUUAAUGGA